AACUUCCUGAAUGUUCCUGUGUCCUAGUGGUUAUGGAGCUCGCCUUACAAGAAAUCUGUGAUUAAAAACGAUUUCGUAGUACCGCGAGAGAUCCCCGGUUCGAUCCCGGGCGGGAACACAACCAUAGCGUAAUUAGAGCAUAACUGAUAAUCUAAUUGAUUAGACUCAUUGAGGAAUGGGAAGUGUAAGCUAACACUGGAGACCUUGGAGGAGGUCCGCGGAUGUCGAACAUCGGACUUUAUUUAGCCCCGUAGUUUCGACUAUCCCUCCGUAGGAUUCAGCCGGCCAGCAGAAUCAAGAUUAGCGCGCAGAAGUGACUCACACUCCGCGGACUAUUACGGCGCAGCCUCCUUGACAUGCCUCCCGAGAAUUAUCUGUGAAGACCGUAUAGCGGACAGGGUGACGGGUGCUGUAGGCCCUGAUCACCCCAACAAGGCCCCGCUCUCUACCGGCAUCCCGUCAUACCGGUCAGAAUAGGUCGGGUUAGCGAUGCGACCAUCGAACUCAGAGAAAUGGCAUAUACAGAUACAUGGUACUACAUGUUUCUAUUUGUUUGUAUAUAUACUGACAGUUCUGCCGUCAUUUUCUAAUUGCUCGACGCUUCCUCUGUUAAUAAACCCGUCCCCUAUAAACACAUACAAAGUUCUUCAUCACAGCAACACCCCUCAACCCUCACGGAAGACUUCGGAUAUGGCUGAGGUACAAGGGCACUGCACUCCGCAGUUCGACAAGGUUCGCUCUCUUCUCCAACAGUUCAUUGAAUCAGGAGAGGAGAUCGGCGCCUGUAUAGCCGUCAACGUUGAUGGUGAGAAUGUCGUGGAUAUCUGGGGCGGCUUUACGGAUGUAGAAGCCAAGCGGCCUUGGGUUGAAGACACCAUUGUCGGCAUAGCCUCCAGUACGAAGACGGUCAGCAGUCUCGCCGUCCUCAUGCUCGUUGAUAGUGGCGCCAUCUCGGUGCAUGACAAGGUGUCCAAAUAUUGGCCCGAGUUUGCCGCAAACGGGAAAGAAAAUGUCGAGAUCCGCCAUCUAUUGUCGCAUACUUCCGGUGUCGCCGGGUGGGACGAGAAGAUCACCAUGGAUGAGAUCUGUGACCCCGUGGGCUCUUCGGCAAAGCUGGCCGCUCAAGCUCCUUGGUGGGAGCCUGGUACAGCGUCGGCAUAUCAUGCCUGGAAUUUCGGGCAUAUGUUGAGUGAAAUUAUCCGUCGCGUGACUGGAAUGAGUCUGAAGCAAUACAUCACUGAAAAGAUCACUACCCCCUUAAGUGCCGAUUUCCAACUCGGCAUCGCGGAGAAAGACGAGCCCCGCGUCUGCCAUCUCGUAACAGCGACUUCCUCGGGGGCUGCACCAUCGUUCAACCCAGGGCCCCUUUUCGUCAAGGCCAUCGCGAACCCUACGAUGCCGCCCGAUGUUGGCAGCCGGCCAGCAUGGAAGCAGGGUGAGAUCGGUGCUUCAAACGGGUAUUCCAACGCUCGCGCUCUGAAUAAAAUACUUUCCAACAUUACGCUCGCGGGUAGCUCUGAACACAAGACAUUGCUGUCUAAAGCAACAGUCGACAAGAUCUUGGAGGAACAGUCAUACGGAGUGGACCUCGCUGUUGGACAACCUAUCCGUUUCGGCAUCGGAUAUGCCAUAAAAAGUAAUGGUGAGCGUUUCGACGACUGGCUGCCUACAGGCGAUAUUGCUUUUUGGGGCGGGUCAGGUGGCUCGCUCUGCAUUAUGGAUAUCGGUCGCAAAGUUACAAUCACUUACGCUAUGAAUAAGAGAUCGCCUACUCUUAUUGGAAAUACAGCUUCGAGGGCGUAUAUUAAGGCAAUCUACGAGGCGCUGGGUGUCAAGAUUUAGCUUUUCGAUACUUGGGCGGUCGACAAGAAGUGAGCUGUACCUCAUUGCGCUCUGAGCAUCUCGAUGUUAAGAGGUCACGUUAUGAGGCAUAGCAGUAUCUGAAAUACAAAUGUGUAAAAAACACCGUGUACUAUUUGGCGUUUCGCCUAAGAACAUCUGUAAUAACAAUUUUGUAACAUGAUUGCCUCCAGUGUUAUGUUCCGGUGACUGUGACAGCGACAGCAUAAUGCUAUAUCUGAAUACCACCCAUCCCAGCACCUAUGUGUCCAGUCACAUUAUGAACCGAUGGUGGCUACUU